AUGGUUAAGCCAGUUACGAUGGCAUGUGGACACUCCGGAUGUCAGAGCUGUUUAGCAACGGCGUUUACCAUGUCAUCUUCACCAAAAUGCCCUCUCUGCAAAGAGGUUUUCCCAAGUGGCGCCGCACUAAACGUCAACAUCGUCCUUGAUGACAUAACUUCGAGACUGGAGAUAAAGUGCACCAACAGUGGCUGUGAGUGGGUGGGGAAGCUUGUGAACCACUCACAGCACUCUAACACUUGCGCAAAACUGCUUGUCGAAUGUCAAAACAGAGGAUGCAUGGAGAAGAAGCCGAGGGAGGAAAUGGGGCGGCACAUUUCCCAAUGCGAGAAGCAGGAGCUUCCUUGCCGCGACUGCGGGAAGCGCGUAACAAGGGAUUCUAUGCGCGAGCACAGUGAGUCUUUGUGCUCGCACAAAAGAAUCUCCUGUCCGCUUAGCUGCGGAACAAAUCUGCCACAGUAAGGCUUUUAUACAUAGCUUUAUAUAUAUUUAACAAUAUUAUUCCUCGAGCCCGGAUGGGCUCUGAGGCAAUAGCGAUAGCAAUAGCCAUGAGGGCUCGAGGAAUAAUUAUUUUUGGUAAAAUCCAGCUAGUUGGUGAAAAGUUUGUUACCAACAUGGAAGGUGUUAGCCGACGUAACUUUACAUUUUUAACUUCUAUGUUUUCAUAGAUGUCACCUGACGCUUCAUUUGAGCGAGUGUUCCGAAAAAGCAGUGCAGUGCAGAGUCACAGGCUGCAAGACCAUCACAAAGAGAAAAGACACCGAAGAACACAUCGUUACCGCCGCAGCAACACAUUCCGUACUUCAGGCGGGAGAAGUGCAAAAACUACGGGGUGUGAUGCAUUUUAAGUUUCGGUACAAAUCUAGCUUAUAAUUAUACAAAUACAAACAUUAAAGACUGCAAAGAAGCACGUAUAUAAACAAGAAUUACUGUAACACCAACAAUAUUUUAUUCAUGUGUUGAUUGUUAAAAAAAAAGAAAUAGUGAUUGCACCUUUAUAUAUUGUGUACAAUCUUAAACUAGGAAGUAUUUAAAAAACUUCGAAAGACAAUCGUCGAACCAAAUAGUUUGCUGCAUAGGUUGCCAUUAUUUCUGAAAUAAAUUUAAUAUUAUCUUUCCCUUUUCUGCAGAGACCCAAACCAGCGUGGUUUCUGGAGGAGGAGAAUGUGUUCUCCUUCUGCUGGAAAACAAGUGGUUUAGAUACCCUAACUGAAUCCGGAGCAAGCACUGAAUAUCUUGCCCUAACGGAAACAGGUGGAGAGGAAUUCUGUCUAUCGAAGGAGGCCAACUCCACCUGCUGUCCCUACAGCUGGUGUCUUCUGUGA